AUGGACACUACCCUUGAACUCUUUAGCACUGCAAUAAUCAUACUUAGCACCACAAUGAGUUGUCUCUUAUCACAAAAAACAAAGACCAGCCCAAAGCUUUUUGGUUCUGAAAGGGUGCAAAAAGUAUUCAACCUAGUCACAUACAAGUAUCACUCCCUUAGGGACUACAUAUAUAUGAUCCUAUGCUUUAAAAUAAUGGACUUAUAUAGUAUUCAAGUACUCACAAGACAUGACACUUGUGAAUGCCUUCUUUGCAAAGUUGUAAAGCAGUCCAACAAACAUUAUAGUCACUAUCAUAUUGCUGUCUCAAUGAGGAAGCACUUCAGUAUUUGGUAUUGGAUUCACAACUACUCUAAAGACCCCAUGCUCAAGGAUUUCUUGCCUUGUCUUCAGGACCAUCUCCUAGCAUACAUGCUCAGACUUGCUUAUAAUAAUGAUGAACAAGAUUUCACAAAUAAGGACCAUGACAAUAUCACCAUUAUCAAUAACUAG